AUGUCUGCCGCCGACGACUCUGCUCCUGCUCCUACCACCAAUGGGACCAGCGAGCCCACCUUGAAGGAGGCCUUCGUCAACAACGCUGCUUCAGCGGUCAACACGGUGACUGAACACCCUAUCACCCAAAAUAUCGUCAAUGGCCCUGUCGCGACCUCAGUCAAGGACCAUGCCGCGUCCACCAAAUCCGAGUUCAGCGAUCUGGCCAGCGCUCGUCAACCUCCUUCGUCCACUGCUGCCAACGAUACUACUUUGACACACUACCAUUCCUUCUUCUACACCUUGUUGAGCUGGAAGAACAAGCGAGCCACCGGCAUCACCUUUGCUUCCGUCGUUGCCUUGAUCUUUGCUUGUCGCUACCUUCCUAUCAUUCGAUAUGUGAUCAAGAUCACCUGGAUGACCCUUGGUGUGGUCACACUUGCGGAGGCUUCGAGCAAGGCGUUGAUGGGCUCUAGUGUAGCCAGCUCGCUUCGACCUCGACGAUACUACAAGAUACCCAAAGAGACUCUCGAAGCUUCUCUUGACGAUUUAGAAAACCUCAUCAACUUUUUCGUCAUUGAGAUGCAACGGAUUAUUUUCGCCGAGAACGUCCCAGUAACUGCGGCUGCUUUCCUGACUGCCUUCAUAACCUACUACCUUAUCAAAAUCGUCCCAUUUUGGGGGAUGGCCUUGAUUGCCAACUGCGUCGUCUUCCUCGGCCCCUUGAUCUACAUCGAGAACAAGGAGUUCAUCGACUCCCAACUUGAGCACGCCGGAAAUGUCAUUGGGCAGCAGACUACCCAGAUCCGUGAUCUGACCGCUCAACAUACCAGCAAGGGCCUUGACACGAUGAAGCAAUACACUGGGACAUAUGCUGCCAAGGCUCAAGAGAUGGUCGGAAGCGCCCGCCAGAGGAUCCCUUCUCCCACCACCGGCAAGGCCCCAGUCAAGGAGGGUGAUUUCCCCUCGGCGCCCAAGACUGAGCUCCCAAACACUUCGGACGAUUUGCUACACCGUGAGGCUGAACCCAUCGUUUCCUGA